AUGGCGCUCACGAGGAGCGCCCGCGCCGCCGCCGCGCGGAUAGUCGCCGCCGCGUCGGAGACGGUCUCCACGAACUUCGAGCGCAUCGCCCCCGCGGCGGACGGCGCGAAGACGAUCGUCGCGCUUGGAAAGUUCGACGCCAUGCACCGCGGCCACGCGCGCCUCGCCGCCGUCGCCGCGGGGAUGGGCGCGCCGUACCUCGUCUCCUUCGGAGGCAUGGCGGAGGUGCUCGGAUGGACGCCGACGCUGCCCGUCGUCGCGACCGAGGACCGCGAGCGCGUGUGCGAGUUGUGGCGCGCGGAGGGUUUGGUGUCGCGAGAGUUGCGAGAGCACGCGAUACCCUUCGCGGCGAUUCGCAGGAUGUCCCCGGAGGAGUUCGUGAAGACGCUGAAGGAUAUCGGCGUCGGCGGCGUCGUCGCCGGGAGAAACUACCGGUUCGGGUUCAAGGCGGCGGGCACCGCGGACACGCUCGUCGAUCUCGGCGAGAAGCUCGACGUGGACGUCUCCAUCGUGGACCUCCUUCCCGCGGAUAUCGAGGAAGACUUCGACUGCCCGGGCGGGUGCACGCCGCAGGUGUCGAGCACGCGCGUCCGCGCGUGCCUCGCCGCCGGAGACGUCGAGCAGUGCAACGCGCUCCUGGGCCGGCCGCACCGGCUCGUGAUGUCCGUCGACGACGUCGCCGCGGACGUGUCGUUCGACGCCAGCGACACGGAGAUCGCGUUCGCGCUCGCUUCCGCGAGGAAUCAGUACCCCGCGCCGGGCGUCUACGCGGUCAGGGCGGCGAUGAGAGAGAUUGUUGAGAUCGCGGGGCCCGAAGGGGACGUCCGCCGCGGUGCCCCGGACGCGAACGCGAAAGACGGUCGCGCGUCGGACGCGAGGAUGACGGUGAGCGACGCGGACGUCGUCUUGGACUUUGGCGUCGAGGGGGUGCCGCGGGAGUUAUCCGGAGGCGUCGGCGGAGGGGGGGGGGAGUGGGUGGUGUGCGUGGACAUCAUCUCGAGGGCGUGA